UUUAAAAAAAAAUUUUUUUUUACCAUUACAUGAAAUCUUUUUCGUAAUAAUCAUGGAAAAUUGUCUUGCCUGAAAGAAAUGAAAUCAUUGAUCUAGUUGUUAUAUUAAUUAUUAUUUUUUCUUUUUUCUGUUUAUUCGGCUAUUUAUCACAAAUUCUAUUUUAUCUUAUAUUAUUUAACAUAUUUAAUAUGAAAACUCAAAUCAAUAAAAUGUUCUAAUUUUUUAUUACUAACCAACUUGACAACAAAGUAUUUGAAGAAGAAAAUAUAUAUUAAUAGUUAAAAUGCCAAUAGAAUAUCGUCAAAAUAAAAAUAAUACUUCAACUCAUCUUAGUUAUUAUGAAUUACCUCAUUCAAUAGGACGUCAUUAUAUGUCACAAAAUUAUAAUCAACAAAAUGCAUCAGAUCGUCUUUAUCAAAUAGCUAUACAAGCUGCAGUAGCCAAAGCAGAAUCUUCUAAAUCAACAAAUGAUGAAAUUCGUAAAUUUUAUCAUGAUGAUAAUAAAUAUAAAUUAAAUAAAACAAAAUUGAACAAUAUUGUACAUACUCAUAUCAAUAAUAACGCAGUUACUACAAUCAGUACUACAACUACGAUAAUACCAACUACUAAUACUGCUACUACUACUACUACAACCACUACUACUCCUUCGACAAAUUUAUCAUCAAAAGUUAAAACAGCACAUUUAACUCCACAACAAUGGCAAUUAUUAAAUGAUUACCAUGAACAUGAUUUAUUUGUACGUACAAGAAGUUGGAGUUUUUGUAUGGCAGUUUUAGGUGUUGGUGUAACAUUAUUUGGUAUUGGUAGUCCAGCAUGGAAAUGGAUUGGAGAUUCUCGGAAUCCUUAUGAACUUGGUUUGUGGACAUUGUGUCUACCGAACAAUUCCACUUGUCUUUCAAUAAUUUACCACUUACAGAAUAACUGGAAACUUCAUAUCUCAAUUAUAUGUCUACUAGGCUGUGCCUGCUUAUUUGGAAUGAUGGGUUUGGGUUUGGCUAUUACAGGUGUAUGCAAAAGUGCCUUGAUUCUUAGACUUUAUUAUUAUCAUUCAGCUGGUGAAUGCUUUUUGGUUUCUAGUAUUGCCACAAUAACUGCUUUAAUUCUUUAUCCAAUAUCAGCUGAAACAUGUAUCCAAAAUUUAAUAAACCUUAAUAUAUUCAAAAUGAAAUCAUCUGAUCAUACUUCCACGAUCAGUAUAUCUAGUAGCAAUAACAAUAAAAAUCCUGUUUCUGAAGAAGAUGUAUCAUUGACCAAUAUUGAGACACAAUUUGGAUAUACAUAUUUUUUGACAUGGAUUGCAGCGCUAUUUUUUGUCAACUCGUUUAUAUGCAUGAAUUUAGAUUUAUUGAUACAAUCAUUCGUUCGACCAAUACCACUUAUUAGCAAUACAAUAAAUAAUUUAAUGCCAUGCCGUGGUCUGUCUACCUCAUCGUUAUCAGAAUCACCAGUAUCGUCUAAAUCGUCACAUUCAUCUUGUCAUCUUAAUGAAUCCGUUUAUAAUAAGCAAAGACAUAAAUGUACUGGUCAGAACAUAGAACAAAUGAUAAUAUCAAACAGUAACCAAAAUACUGAGAUCAGUCCUAAAAGCAAUCUACAUUCUAAACGCAAACUAAUAAAAUCUCAACGAGAAUUCGUAUCAUUCGACGAUAGUAUUACAGAAAAUAGUCAACAUCAACCUUAUCAAGUACCAAACAUUCUUUUGAGUGAUUAUGAUAAAGAGUGUGAAUUGAUAAAUUCACAAAAUAAAGAAUUGAGCAGGGAAAACUCUAUUAAUAUUACUGAUGAGAUUGUUGUAGUUUCUGAUGAGAUUUUACAAGAUUCAGGUCAAGAUGGUGAAUGGAUUUAAAUGAAACCAAAUAGUUUCAUAUAAUGACCAUAAAAUACAAGAUAAAAUAUAUGGAUCCAAGUGCCUUGAACUGAUAGAAAUAGAAUUAUCGUUGUUCGUCUGCAAAUUGUCCCAGAGAAUGAUUUUUAAUCCAUUAUUCUGAAAAAGUGAUUUGUCAUCUCUUCGUCAGUGAUUGAAUUUUUUCCAACAGAUGAAACUAGAAUUAGUAAUGGAUCCAGUAUUUAAAUCAGGCAAUAAUUUGCAUUACUUUCGUGUUUGGACAUUAUUUUAGAUAACCGAAUAUUAAGAAAAAGAUAUACACAUUUAUAAACUUGUUGACCAAGAUUAAUGGUGACCACAAUGAAUCUUUACACAUUUUCUUCCCUGAGAAAAGAUAUAUACAAGUAUAUAUACAUCUUCAAACAUUUUAUUAUUUUGUUUAUCGAAAUGCUAUUUUUAAAUAUAGAACUGAUGUCAUUUC